AUGAAGAGCCGAGAUAGCAGACAACGACGAGUAGGAGGAGGUCUCUCUAGUCCCACCACUGUUUUCUCUGUACAGUGUCCGCCAUAGAGCGAAGCUAGCUCGGCUUCAACACCCCAGGGUCAAAGCAGCACUGGCUUAGCAGCGUCCACGGAGGUCGGCCACCUCCUCCGCCUGGCCGUGGAUGGUGCGCGCCGAUAGCACCAGGAGAAGGCCUAGGCCGACAAUUUUGUCUUAACCCCGGGUCUGGAAGAGUCUUCACACCGAGAAGGGACAUCCGAGGACACGGAGAGGACACAAGCUACGACGCUGAGUCAUGUGAAGUAGCACUGACCUUUUGACCUUUUCUACUCUGAAUCUGAGUAAAACUCACUAGAACUGACUUUGUGACCACGACCUGGUCCCCCCUCCAGGACUCGGGCAUGCCUCAGCCGGGUAUGAACGGGAUGGAGCCUGCUUUUGGCGAGGCCUACGGGUGCCAUCGGGCUCUGCUGAGCCCCUACCCUCUGGCCAUGUCACCACAAGGGGGCAGGACGGAGUACGACCAGAGCGUGCUCCUCAUGCUGGGCUCCCCGGCAUCCCCACGGAAACGGCCCUUUGAGUUGCUCAGCGACUUGGUGGACGACGGCGGCCUGGGCGAGGACCUGCACCCGGAGCGCUGGGAUGUCUCCGCGCUGGACGAGAUGGCGCGCUAUACCAAGCUGGGCCUCGGUGUCAGUGGGGAGCUACUGGCCACCUCAGAAGAGGCCGUCCUGAUGGGCCGCUGGGGGAGGAGCCGUGAGGAGCAGCAACAGCAGGAGGAGGAGCAGGGGCUGACGACACACGAAGCACCUCCCACCACCACACAGGAAGCACAGGCCAAAGGAGGAGCAAGCGGGGAGGGGCUCCACCGUGUUGCUACGGCAACAAAGAAGGAGUCGACAGUUGCGGGAAGAGCGUCUGGGGGAGACCAAGAUGGUGGCAUGAGGAGGGAGUCCACAGUGGAGGUGUAUCAGGUGACACAAGAGGCGGCGCCAACGUCAGGCUUGGUAGUGGAGCACAACUACUCCUUGAGCCAGGGGGUCCAGGCGGAGGAGGUGCAGCAGGAGCUUGACAACGAGGAAAAUGCCCAGCUGGACUUGGACGAGGAGCAGGAGGAAGAGGAAGCUGAGGAGGAGGAGGAAGAGGAUGGAGAGGACGGUGCAGAUGAGACGACGGCCGACCUCUCUAGUUCAUCGGAAACAGAAUGCGAGGUGGAGGCAGAGCCGGUGAGGCAGUCUGGCGAGCGUCCGUCGAAACGCCGCUGUUUCUGGGAAUACAGACGCUCCCGGGAGGCGGCCACCAAGAAGAAGCUGUGUGGCGACGUGCACUGGUCGUUGUCUUGGAGCUCCAGCACGCUUCCGAGCACGCUUUACCGCCGAGAAGGCAAGAAAGGUCGUCGCAAAGCCCGCAAGACAGACGCAAGCGACCUGACGCCAAACCCGCAGAAGCUCCACAACAUCGGGGAGCAGCUGCAGAAGCUCAACACUGCCAUCGAUGGCAUGGGCCCAGUCAACGACCUGCCCGCCGUGGCCCGUGCACGAUCCCGCAAAGAGAAGAACAAACUGGCCUCCAGGGCCUGCAGACUGAAGAAGAAGGCGCAGCACGAGGCCAACAAGAUCAAGCUGUGGGGGCUCAACCAGGAAUAUGAGAACCUGCUGGGGGCGCUGCUGCGUAUCAAAGAGGUCAUUCGGCAGAAGGUGGAGAGCAGCGAGGAAGACGACACGGACGAACGAGGGAUGACUCAGCGUCUGGAGGACAUCCUUGGCGAGUCCAGCGGUCCUUUAGUCGCUGGACGGACCAAAGACUUCGUGCAGAGGAUUUUGGCAGCCAGUGCGGGGGGGCAGAGCCCAAGUAAGAGGCCCCCGCAAGCAGGAGACCAGGCGUCGGGCUAAAUCCUGCCCCCUCACUUCCGCUUCCGCCUGUGCCAGGAGACCCUCCUCCUCCUCCUCCUCCUCCUACGAGCACCGCCCACCCUCCUCCCAUUCCACCAGGAUGAGGAGGUGUCUGUAACCAGGCGAGAGUGCUGCUGCUGCUGCUGACGUCGCCGCCAUGCUGGGUGUCCCACGUGUUUGUGUGUGUGAGUGUACGCCGCUCUUGUAAAAUACUGUACUGACCCCUCCCGCCUAUCCCCCGCCGUGUGCUGUACUCGUACCCCAUUGUGCCUAUAAAUAGACAUUGCACUGUUUGGUAGAUGCCCGUAGUCGUCCGCAGUGGGGGCGCUAGUGAGCCGAGGGCCAGGGGACUUAAAAUAAGGAAGUGUGUCGGGUAGUUGUCUGAAGUUGGGCAUGGGCGCUGCAUCAGCACCAUUCACACACAUCCAUAUCGGAGCCCCUCACGUCAUGUGAUCAUGUGAUGUCGCUGCUUUGCCGCAUCCACCGUGACAGCUCCAAUUGCGAUGGAUCUGUGUGACAGGUGCUAGUGAUGAUGGAAUCCUGAUGCCCCCUGAGCUUUAACACCCACAUGCCUCCCACACCUUCCUCCUCAUAAUCAUCAUCACCGCCCAUGUUUAGAACGCUGCACCUUAUUCCGAAACGACCAAAGAAAACACCAAACACCAAAACCUCUGACAUGCUGCCAACCUUUUUUUUAAAUUUUAUUUUAGUUUUUUUUACUUUUGUCUCACGUGAGAAGACUCAAAACACUUCACCAGCAUGCACCCCCCCCCCCAAAAAAAACCUUCAGUGCCCCUGGCCAAGCCCUCCCCUGCCUCUUCCUUCAACUGAUAAUGUAGCGCACCUUGCUCACUUGCAACCACAAAGUAAGACACUUGUAGAUCUAGACAGCAAAUAAUGCAUUUCACUUGUUCUUUUGAUAUAUCUAUGUAUUGUUGGGUGGCCAUGCCACAGCCCACAUGGUGGGUCUGUCUGCCUUUCUUCUGUGAAGCUGUAGACCAACCUUGUCCACGGUCUCUAAAUGUUGUUGGACAUAAAGCGGAAAUAGUUCAAGGACCCUUUUUGAAUUGCACUGUGGUUUAAAAACGACUACGCACCUUGCUAAGAGGACUCCAGGUUCUCCUUUAAAAAAAAACAAAACAAAAAAAACUAACAACAACAAAAAAAAAGACCCUAGGCACCUUUUCCAAAUGUUGAAGAACUGCUGACUGGUUUUUGUUUGCCCGCAACCUGACACCACAUCUCUCACGCUUGAACAAAAUGAUUUUUUAAAAAAAGCACUGGGAGAACAUGCUCACACAAUCAAACCUGGAACCAUACAACUGUGUGCGAACCACUGGUCCACUGUGCUGCAAAGGCUGUGUCUCAAUUGGCACACUUGAGUACUUAUACUUUUGAGUGCAUAAGUAUGUUCACACUGAGAAGUAACAGCAAAAUGCAGUGCACUGUCAGCACUCGAUUGUUACACUCAAAAUGGUGCGUGUGCAGCCAUGGACACUUACCACCCUCAAUAGUCGUCAUAUUGGCUAUGCCGGGGAAAGAGGGGCGCUACAUGAGGAGCAACAUGUAGUGAAAAAUGAAUUAUUUACUGGUAUAACUUAGGUCACAUGUUAUCUUAUAUGUAUUACCGUAAAACCUGGACGAUUGAGCACAUCAGAAUAUAAGAAAGAAGGAAAAAAAGAUUUGUACAUGUAUAAGCCACACCUGUCUAUAAGCCACAGGUUUUCACUUUGAUAUUUUCACUUGGGAUAUGAUGUUAGACAGAUUUUUUAAAACUUUUAAUUAAAGAAAUGUUUUUUUUUCCAAACAUUGCCCAACAGCGCGUCAAAAACGGCUGGUUAAACAGCAGCCUACCAGAAAAGUCACAGAUGGCUGUCUUUAUCUUCCUCCUGCUUCUUCUUCAGUGUCGGAAUUGGAAAAACCUCAUAAUUCCUUCAUCACAUACUUUGUCAGUCUCUCUCUGUCUUUCGUUGCCGCUCUCAGUUGUCAUUUUGGUCUCGAGGCAAAUUGGCCCUUGAGCUUGUCCUGUCAAUCAUGUCCAGCCUUUCCAAAGCCAUUGGUGAUAGUGGAUUUUUUGACACUGCUCCAUGCUGUCAAGAUCUACUGUUAGACUGGCAGAAAGUUGCUAGAUUAUUCGUAUUUAACUUGAAAGCUGGGUCAUAUGUAUUUCUACAUGCGUUUUCCAUGAUGAGGGUGUGUGCAUGAAGCACAAAGCGACUGUUCUGAAGCACAUGAGAUGUUGCAAGACCACAAAUUAGUCUCAUCACAGUAUAAGCCACAGGGUUCAAAGCGUGAGGGGAAAAAAGUAGCGUCUUAUUCACCGGAAAUUAUUAUAAUUACCUUUAUAACAACAUUCAUUAUAAUUACAUUUUCUAACUUUUUGUAGGUUUUGAACAAGGGGUGUCCUAAUCAAUGGAUAUUGGAUAUUGGUCUGAUAUCAGCAAAAAACUGAGUACAGUCCCUCGUUUAUCGCAGUUAUUUGGUUCUAGACCCGGUAUUAAUACACAGAAUAUUUUCGUAGUUAUAUCCGCUCAGCUCUGCUGGCUCAGUAGCCAGUCUCCAUGCAGUGUGAAAAUUAAGGUAAUCUAAUGUCAUGUCUUAUAACAUUACUGACGCCUAGUGACCACAAUAGUACAUAUAACUUGUCUUUCAGUAUUUCUUAACUAAGAGGUCAUAGUCAACCACAAAACAGGGAUCAUUUAUUAUUUUUUGAAAAAAUGCGACAUAGUGAAGGAAGACUAUAUUGGCAUGCACCUAAAAUGCUGAUAUCAACACUCCGAUACAAGCAGUCUGCCCCAGCACUUCUAUCCAGCAGAGCCUGGACAUAGCCCACAGGCUCAUGACAAGGUGCUCACAAAGUUUGCAAGGAGCAGGAGCCACGUCAAAGUCUGAAUAAGUGUGAUAAGCAUCUGGAGAGCCUUUAGCAAAGUAUCAUCGUUUCAUCAAGCUUCCACUUUGGGUCUGCCCCCGAGUAAGAACCAGUAGGGGGUCGUGGAAACAUAAGUUGGUAUCCCGGCAUCGCAGGAAGUAGCUUCUUUUGAUGUAACUCUUCUCCCGAGACACACCGGCGCCUGGUGGAAGUUGGCUUCUUUUGUGAUGUCCUUCAUUUGCAUGCGAUGAGGUAUCGGAGUUUCAGUCAGGAAGCCACUCCUUUGCAAAGGUGGUAAACUGCUCAUGUUCUCUGUCUUUAUUUCAAGCAUUAUCUUUCUUAGGACAGAAUUUUUCAAAUUUCACCUAAAGAGGAGAAGAAGGUAAAUAUGCGAUCGUCAAGUGUGGAAUAACAAUUAUGGAUUUGGGACAGCACUACACUGUUAAAAUUCACACACUCAGGAACUAAGUACACAGUAUACUUCUUGAAGUGUACUGAUGGAAGUAUUCCGUUGGGGAGACAGGCUGUUUCCAUUUGUGCAAUUUCAUACGUCGACAGUUGUCCUCGCAACAUCGCGGUUUGAUUAUCAUUCCAUCACUAUAUCACUUUUGUUUUUUAAAAUUAAUUAAUGAUAUAAAUGAUGUAGUAUUCUGGUCACUAAGCGGCAUAAUGUCACACAAAAAUUACCUUACCUGGUACUCGAUGUAGCCAGCCAUGAAUGCUGAGUUAAAAAACGAGUGAAAAAAGGUAAUCCUCCCAUUCUGUGUGGAAGUGGUAAGGGUUUGGCUUCUUACUUUGUUUUUCUUCCCCACUCUGUUUGAAACCCUUAAGUUUAGAAGAAAGGCUAACUGUUAGCUCGCUAGGUUGUUAGAGUUGUGCACUGCAGUGUAAACAAUGAAUAAUAGGAGUGUAAUGGUGGCUAUAGGGGUGUUAUUUCAUGCCUGAAUGGCUCUAAUCAUGUUAAAAACUGUAUUUAGAGCCAGGUUUUCAUAGACAGGUUUUCUAUGAGCUCACUACGAAAAUAUUCAAUUUAUUAACAUUGAAUCCUAUAUUGUGGCAAUAUUUUAUAUAUAUAUAUAAUUUGCGUGUUAUAGACCCUGUGUAUAGCGGUCACCUGUCUAAUGCGGCCAGCGGCCACCCAUUUUGUAUCCCUUGGUCAAUAUCUGACUGCAUAUAGCGGCCAAAAUGCCGACUCAAGCAGAAGCUUCAUGCACGAAAAACUUUCGUUUUUAAUCAAUGAAGCCAUCGUGUGUAGACUUUAAUUACUGAGUCGUAGCUCAGUCACAAUCAUUCACAAGAUCCACACAAACUGUCAGUUGUUCCACAUACAAAAAAGCCGUCUUCUUUUGGAGCCUGUUGCAGACAGUGACACCGUUUAUUUCCUGGUGUGAGACAAUGUGCACUGGUCAAUACUGUAAUGCCCCUUGUUGUGGGGAAGGAGAGACUCACGUCGCCGAUGCACUUUAAUCGCUUUAUUAACAGCGGUUUAUUAACCUAGUAGUUCUUUACAACUUUUAUCCGCAGUCCCACAGUGCCCUCUACUGGUCAACAUGUAACAGUAUAAUUAUAUGUAUCUGCAAAGACAACAAGCUUCUAAUCACAGACAUGUUAAUAUGUGCGCGCACAACUUCAAAAUGGCCGCCAACCUGUCUAUAACGGCCACCUGCCUAUAGGGGCCACUUUUGCCAUUUCCCUUUAGUGGCCACUAUAGACAGGUUUGACUGUGUAUACAUUAUGCAACCUAUCUGUAGUAAAGAGUGCUUAUGAACAAUAACAGUGACGGAUUGUCACGUGUAUGCUAUUUCUUUUCAUGCAAACAGGAGAAACACACUUCCUUUGUUCUGUGCCGAGAAAUUGUUGAGUGUUGCUCAUGGGUAUGAAUACUUUUGCAACCCACUGUAUAUACAUACAUACAUACAUACAUACAUAUUCAUUAAUAAAUGGUGCUGCUUUUGUGGUUGAGUACGACCUAUUAGUAAAAAUGUAUUGCCUAAAUUAAGCAUUUUCAAGCAUAAAAAUGGCUAAACGAUCUAAAAACCGAUGUCUUGAUCGCUGGAACAACAGGCCUUUAUUGCAGGUUUGGAUUAUCUCACAACAGACACAGUCAUCCCUAAUAAAAACAUGGACUAGUGUUGCGGCUGUAACCCACACCAAACUAAAAGUAAAUUCUGAAUUCCGGAUGUCACUUCCUGCAGCAACCCACACGAGCACACAUCUUAUUUAUGUUUUAAAUGGCUUAUUUACUCUAAAAGGUGACUAAAGGGAUACUAGUUCAUGUCUAGAGGGCUCUAAUGUUAAAAAGCGUAUUUGGAAGGGCGCAAUCAGGUUAUGUAUGCUCCAACUACGAAAAUGUUUGUUUAUAAAUAAGAAAUCCUACUUUGCGGAAAUUCACUUAUCACGGUCGGGUCUGGAACCAAUUAACCGCAAUAAACGAGGGAUUACUGUACUUGAGUAAGUAUACUGUGUACGGUCAUGGCCAAAGGAUUUGAGAAUGACACAACUAGGAAUUUUCACAAAGUGCGCUGCUUCCGUUUUUAUGAUGGCAAUUUGUAUAUGCUCUAGAAUGUUAUGAAGAGUGAGAAGAUUGUAAUGUCCCGCUUUGUCAUGAAAAUGAACUUAGUCCCAAAAAAACAUUUCUACUGCAUUUCAGCCCUGCCACAAUAGGACCAGCUGACAUGUUAGUGGUUGUCUGGUUAACAUAGGUGAGAGUGUUGACGAGGACAAAGGUUGGAGAUGGCUCUGUCAUCCUGAUCGAGUGAGAAUAACAGACUGAAAGCUUGAAAAAGGGUGCUUGAAAUCUUUGUUUUUAUUCUGUUAACCUGCAAGGAAACACGUGCAGUCAUCAUUGCUUAGCACAAAAAGGGUUUCACAGGCUAGGAUAUCGCUGCUAGUAGGAUGGCACCUAAACCAAGCACUCAUUAUAUCAUUUAGAACGUGAAGGAGAGCGGUCCAAUUGUUGUGAGAAGGCUUCAGGGCACCCAAGAAAGUCCAGCAAGUGUCUGGACUGUCUCCGAAAGUUGAUUUAGCUGCAGGAUCGGGGCACCACCAGUGCAGCGCUUCCCCCCAGGAAUGAUAGCAGGCAGGUAUGAGUGCAUCUGCUUUCACAGUGAGGCGCAGACUUUUGUAAGAUGGCCUGGUGUCAAGCAUGGUCCAUAAAAGCCACUUCACUCCAGGAAAAACAUCAAGGACAGACUGGUAUUCUGCCAAAGACUCCUGAAGACUGGCGUAAAACUCAUGAAUCCCCCUUUUGAUUGUUUGGGGCAUCCAGACAAAAGCUUGAACGCCAGUUCACAGUAAAGCAUCCUGAAAUCAUCCAUGUUUGGUGUUGCUUCUCAGCCAAGGGAUGGGCUCACUCACAAUUUUGCUUAAGCAAACAGCCACAACUAAAUAAUGGUACCAAAACAACCCCUGAAAGCAGUUUCUCCCAACCAUCCGAGAACAUUUCGGUGAGGAACGGUGCCUUUACCAAAGGCAGAGUUUGGGCAACAACAUAGUAACAUCUGACAAAAACAUUAGCAUUAGCAUGUUGGCCAACACAGUAACAGUCUGGAGAUUGGGAAGACCUGGGUUCGAUUCUCCCCUGGGCAUCUCUAUGUGGAGUUUACAUGUUCUCCCCGUGUGCGUGUGGGUUUUCUCCGGGUACUCCGGCUUCCUCCCACAUUCCAAAAACAUGCAUGUUAGGUUAAUUGGAGACUCUAAAUUGUCCAUAGGUAUGAAUGUGAGUGUGAAUGGUUGUUUGUCUAUAUGUGCCCUGCCAUUGGCUGGCCACCAGUCCAGGGUGUACCCCGCCUGUUGCCCGAAGUUGGCUGGGAUCGGCUCCAGCAUGCCCCCGCGACCCUAAAGAGGAGAAGCGGUAUAGAAAAUGGAUGGAUAGAUGACAAAAACAUCAAAAACAGCGGUUCCCAACCCCCAGGCCGUGGGUCAUUUGGUACUGGGCCACACAGAAACAAAAAAAAAAAUUCCAUUAUUUCAUUUUUUUUUAUGUUUUAUUUUGAAAAGUGGCCGGAUUCUCUCUGUUACAUCGUCUCACUUGACGCAUGUCCAUUGUGCGUGUGCUAACUUUAUCUCAUGCUGCACAGAUAGACUACUACUGUACUACUUCUACUACUACUACUGCUGAUACUAUGUGGGAAUGCAUAAAGGUAAGUUUUGAUGACUUAUUGAGUGCUAAUGUGCACAUUUGUCUCAAGUUAAUUCAUGCUAGCACACUGCCUUUUACCACACACGUCAAACAGCCAUGUAAUCAUCUCUCUGGAAAAACUUGGCUGGAACUUGAACUGGUGGAUGGUGGGUCGGCAUUCAUUUUGGGCUUUUAUUUUGAUGUUAUUCAUGUCUUAGUUUUACACAAUACAAAAAAAAUAAGAUCAAUUAGAUUGAUAUAAUGUACGGGACACCCCCCCCCCAUUUGUUAUUCUCAAAACGUUUGGCCACAAAUGUAGUUAGUGCCUGAGUGUGUGAACAUUAACAGGGUAGUGCUGUCCCAAGUCCAUUGUCAUUCUACACUUAUCUGAAAUGACAUUCACAAUAUUGACCCACUUCUUCUCUCCCUUUUACAACCACUCCAGGUAGUCCCCCCCCCCUUUUGCUACGUAGCCAAGAUGGCGACUAUUGAGUGUAGUCAGUGUCCAUCACUGCACACUCAGUGCAACAAGCGGGUACAGGCAGUGUACCACAUUUGACUUGUCAGUAUGCACUUAUGCACUCAAAAGGCUAAGAACACAAGUGCACACACAGCCAAAGCUGACCAUCGGCCAUCUUGGAGGACAGUCAGGUGUUCCACCAGAUGCGCCCCAACCCCCACUGCCCCCAUUCCCCCCACAACCUCUUUCUCCUGAGUGCUGUUGUGUAACCCAGCUCGCCAUCUGUUGCUCGCGUCCGCCAAUGAGCCAAAGAGGAAAAGCGGAGAGAGAGAGGAGGGAAAAAAUUGUAACGGAGCGUCAGCCAAACGACAAACGGCGUUAUGUUGAACAACUGCUGAAUCGACUGGUGAAUGUUUGUUGACACAUGAAUGUUGAAUGACGAGCGAGCAUUUAGCUUAGCUUCACCUCCAAACAGCGUCUGUGUGCUGCCUCUGGAGGACUACUACUAGCGUUACACGGCUAUCAUUCAGUGUGCAUUAAUCCUUGGGACCACUGAAUCACAAACGUGACACCUUGUGGUCUUACGGAGGACUACAUCUCGGAAACGACUCACGUUUUGCUCCGCCUGCUAAAUCAAUCGAUGUUGUUCUUGAUUACGAAACAUGCGACUGCCUUUUAUCGGUUUCAAGCAUGUUGCAGCGGACCAGCCAGGUCACCUUUCAUGGUUGCAUUGGUACUAUGGCUGUGUAAGGGGUUUGUACAAAUUUUGGCACUAGUGUCGCAUACUUGUUUGCACUAGGCGCAUGGUGUUAGCACUCUUGUCUGCGCAAGGGCCAUGUGCGUUGUUUGUACAAACUUUGGUGCACGGUGUUAGCGCUAGCGUCUGUGCUAACUCUGUGUGUGGUGUUUUGUACAAGCUUAAAAAUGAUCAUGAUCAUGUUUACGUGAUGCCCUAAGACAGAGGAGUUUGGCUAGCAAACAGGUGUUCCCUACUGUUGCUCUGUUUCAACAUGUUGAAACAAACGGGCGAUAAAAGUGUUAUCCCUGAGAGAAUGUGCCGCCGUAGCAACGAGGAGGUCCUCAGCGUCACUCGUGUUUUUGUUCAGAAGCGUCAGUAAGAUGACACCGGUGAGACGCCGCUGACCUCUGCACGCCCGCCCAGUGCUCGUAUUGUCGGCUUCUGCGCUGUCGAAGCCUGCAGGCGAGGGAGGAAGAGGGGGCGGCACUUACCCUUGGAGUAGUCUGUCCAAAACCUUUUAAUCCCCCCCCCCCCUAAAAAAAAAACACACCAUCAAGACUCUUCAUCACGCUGACAGCUGCAGAGGCUGGAAUCACCGCCCCCACCAUCCUUUGUCACAGCCCUGGAGGAGCCGUCCAUGUGGGGGUGUCAGUUUCAUCCUCAAGCUUGGGAACCUUUGUGGACCGCCAUCUUGGCCCAAAUAAGUUUGCCGAGUCUGGCGAGAGCCAGGAGAGUCAACCAAAGCUAAGGCUGUGCCUCAAAGGGAAUACUUGCGUCAGUACACUUAAUACACAAUAAGCGUACUGUGUACACUGUGCACUUAGUUUCUGAGUGUGCAAAUUCCUGCCCAAAAAUCCACUUACGUACCUGAAAUGCCGAUUAUGCACUCAAAAGAGGUGUAAGUCUGCGAGUGCAGCAAUUGAGACCCACCCUAGGAGGUGUUUGAUAUGACGCCACCUUGUCGUCAGAUGGAAUUUGUGGUGUCUGGCAUGGCUUCCAGCAAAAAUCAGUCAGCUUCUGUCAAGGUUGAAAUAGCAAAUCGUCGCCAAAAGCCUGCAGGGGGAAGCGAACCAAGAGACUGUCCGAACAUUCCACGAGUUCAUGUCAUAUAAUGUACAGCAACCCCCACUCUUCUUUGUAUGUGUCCCUCUGUAAUCACACUACUUCAGUAACAUUUGGACCUGUUAACACCUUUAACUCCUUUAAGAUAGAAGAGAAACAAUUACAGAAGUGCCGUAAAAAUAGAAGCCGGAUAUUUUUUUGUGCGUGUGUGUUUGUUGUAAACCUGUAUAAUGUAUAUUUUAAUAUUUAUAUGCAGCUGUUGUAUUAAAAGUAUAUUUUUAAAAUAAAAACAAGUAGUGUGUGUGUUAUUUUUACAUGUUCCACUCACAAGCGGCGCCUGCUGGUCAGGCCACUCCACUUUGCCCUCAGUCGUAAUUCAAAAUAUUAUAACUGAAUAUUUCAAAACGUUUUUCAGCUUCAGCGUAGACCGUUUUUGGUCCGCAGCUUACCGGUAGUUUUUAUUGUUUAUAGUUUAUAUUCCAGAUAUCAGAAUUAUUGAGAUGUAUUAAGAGAUAACACAUCAUUUGCUUUGUCAGCUGUAACACAGCGCUAACAUGUCAGAUAGCUUAGCAUAUAUCAGUGGUUGGCAAUUAUUUUCCAUCACGUCCCCCCGAAUUGAAAUACUAUUGACAACCUAAUAUUUAUUUAUCUGUACAAACCACUGUAUGAGUUGCUGGCACCAGAAACCAAUAAAGACACGAACAGUCCUGCACAUCAGGGAGAAACAGUACGGCAAACCCUCGCCACUUUGCACUUCAAAUUUUGCGGCUUCAAUGUAUCAGUUUUUCAAUAAUAUAAGAAUAAAUCAUGCUGUGUUGUGGUUGAAUAUGGCCUAUUAUUAUUUAAAUAAUUUUCACUUAUUGUGGGCUAUUUUGGAAGCCUAUCCCACGUGAUAAACGAGGGAACACGUUACAGACAAGUGGGGGACAUAGGAGUUUCUUAAAGGAGAACUUACAUGUGUAGGAGUGACAGAAUUUGAUUUUUUUUUGUAGGUGUCCAAAUAUUUAUUGUUCGCAAGAAUAUACAAAAAAAUUGUUUAAAAAUCAUCAAACGUGAUUUUCUGGAUUUGGCCCCACUGUAAAUGAUGUGAGUGGAAGCAGACUGCAAACACAAGUUGGUAAAAUAAGAUGUUUUUUUUAUUGGUCUGGAAUGAUUUCUAUUCACAUGACUCAACAUUCUAUCAGGUCAGUAUUGCACCAUGCUCGGUUACCCUUUUAUUGUGAAGGAAUGGACACUUUUGGAAAGGGCCAUCAUAUGGACACGCAGUGUAAGGACAACAAAGGAUCAUUUGUCUUCUUUCUGUUAACACAGUGCGCUGUCUAGCUCCGCCCCCUCAUGCAGUGUCAGCCUAGCUAAAAAGUGGUCCUGUUCUGUGAUUUUGGUACCCUUUCCAAUCGUGCAAAGGUUCAGAAUGAACUAUUGAGCUGCUUGUUCUCGGACAUCCUGCCGCACUUCACAGUAUUUAAAAAUCAGCCACAAGAACAGACAGAAGUGGUUUGGAGCGUUUUGUUCCAUCAGUAGUAGAGUUCAAAACAAAAAGGUUGAGGUUGGUCAGAACAACGCAAUCAUUCAAGUAGGACGGCGGGAUAACGUCAUCAGGGCGCAGGAUCACUGUCUGGACGGGAAAAAAAGAAAAAACACCAUCCCCAUCCUGGUAGCAAAACAGUGGCCCCUCCCGUUCUUUCCCAUAUCAAGGAAUGUUAAAGUCCUUCCGUCAGCGUCCUCACGGCAGGAGCGCCUCGCCCUCUUCGGCCCAGAUGAGGUCGAGGGCGUCGGCCUGCCGCUGCUCGCGCUGGUGUAUGCGUCGCAGGCGCAGGAUGUAAAGCAGGAUGGCGAGCACCACCACCAGGAUGCACAGGGAGAACAGGUGGUGGUUGUACACGAAGGACGAGCGCAGCCAGCUGGGGUGGCUCUGGCGCAGCGCCUCCUGCUGGAGGUCCCUGGACGGACGGGGCAGACAAUUUACUACUCAUGCAUUCUGGCAACUUUAC